CUCUUUGAAACCACUGAGUGUGGAAACGGAUAUGUGGAAGCAGGAGAAGAAUGUGACUGCGGUUUCCGAAUGGAAUGCUAUGCAGACUGUUGUAAGAAGUGCUCUCUUUCUAAUGGAGCUCAUUGUAGUGAUGGACCCUGCUGUAAUACAUCAUGUCUUUUUUUCCCACGAGGCUAUGACUGUCGCUAUGCAGUGAAUGAAUGUGAUAUUGCGGAGUUUUGCACUGGAGAUUCUGGCCAGUGUCCACCAAAUCUUCAUAAACAAGAUGGUUAUGCCUGUGAUUCUAAUCAGGGUCGUUGCUAUAAUGGGGAAUGCAAGACAAGAGAUAAUCAGUGCAAAUAUAUCUGGGGAUCUAAGUCUUCAGGAUCUGACAAAUUUUGUUAUGAAAAGCUUAAUACAGAAGGCACAAAAAAAGGAAACUGUGGAAAGGAUGGAGACCGAUGGAUUCAGUGUAGCAAACAUGAUGUUUUCUGUGGCUUUUUGCUGUGUACGAAUCUUACUAAAGUUCCACGAGUUGGUCAAGUUCAAGGAGAAAUUAUCCCAAAUUCUUUUUAUCACCAAGGACGAAUAGUGGACUGCAGUGGUGCUCAUGUUCUUUUAGAUGAUGAUACAGAUUUAGGUUAUGUGGAGGAUGGAGCUCCAUGUGGACCUCACAUGAUGUGUCUGGACAAAAAGUGCCUGCCAAUUCAGUCCUUGAACAUAAGCAGCUGUCCCAUCGGUUCUAAUGGAAAAGUCUGUUCCGGCCAUGGGGUUUGUAGUAAUGAGGCCACUUGCAUUUGUAAUUUCUCCUGGGCUGGGACAGACUGCAGUAUUGAUGAUCCUAUCAGGGAUACUGGUGGCAAGAAGGAUGAAGGACCCAAGGGUCCUAGUGCCACCAAUCUUAUAAUAGGCUCCAUCGCUGGUGCCAUCCUGGUAGCAGCUAUUGUCCUUGGGGGGACAGGAUGGGGCUUUAAGUUAUCAGAUGUUCAUAUGAACAUACGGUACUGUGGUGUCAAGUCCAUAUCAAACAAAUGUCAAAAAACGAAGGUUCGAUCCAAGUCAACAAGGCCCUAUCUGAAGAAAUGUGAUUCAAAAAGCUGCUUCUUGCACUACUGGAUUUUGGGUAUGAUGACUUUGCUGUAGCUGUACAGGAACUAAGGAAGGAAGAACAUGAGAAACAGUAACUAUAAACACGCUGCUGGGAUGUUAGAAGACUGUCUUUUUGGAGAUAAGUUUGAACUACUUCCUCCAUUCACCUUCCUCUUGUUAAAAUUAACUGACAAGUGUUACAAGCAAACUGUUUCAAAAUCAGGUGGUUCUUUUCUUUCCUCAAAGAAAGGAGGAGACACACAGACCAAGUGCAAUAAGAGAACUGUUCCAAACCAACAAAAUAGCAGAAGAUUUUUUUUUCCCCCCCAGCCUGCUGGCACUCUAACUUCAUUUGAGUUCGCAUGACUUCCUUUUUCUUAUCAAACUCCAGUGGCAUGAGGAGCUAAUUUUGAAAGGGUAACCUGCAUGGCUCACAUACAAGCACCAAGCUAGCAAGC